AUCCGCCUUUAGGUAUCAUACAUGCAUUUGUAAAAGAAAGCCAGCCCUUUCUUUUUAAUGCCUUAUUUAUUACUUGUCUUCUAAGAUAAUUUAAGUAUAGUUUCUCCAUUAUCUGUUCAAUCGUAUAAAAGUACAUCAUUACAAAAUGAGUGAGAACGCUGAAAUAACUGGAGCAAUAUCUUCUUCCGACGAUAUCAAGACAGCCGAAAAGUUCAAAGAAGAGGCAAACGAGUACUUCAAAAAACAAGAUUAUAAUCGAGCUAUAGAAUUGUACACAAAAGCGAUAGAAGUGGACCCCACUGUCGCUGUAUAUUAUGGAAACAGAAGUUUUGCCUACCUGAAAACCGAAUGUUUCGGAUAUGCCCUGACGGAUGCCUCAAAGGCAAUUGAAUUAGACCGAAACUAUGUAAAAGGCUAUUACAGAAGAGCAGCAGCUUACAUGUCGCUUGGUAAAUUUAAGCUGGCUCUUAAGGACUAUGAAACAGUGACAAAGGCCAGGCCCAAUGACAAGGAUGCUAAAACAAAAUUCACUGAAUGCAAUAAAAUGGUGAAAAAACUAGCUUUCGAAAAAGCCAUCUCUGUUGAAGAGAAUAAGAAGAAUAUAGCUGACACGAUUAAUCUUGAUGACAUGGCUAUUGAAGACGAAUACACCGGACCAAAACUAGAAAAUGACAAAGUAACCUUGGAGUUUAUGACGGAUUUACUAUCUUGGUAUAAGAAGCAAAAUAAACUUCAUCGCAAGUAUGCCUACAAGAUACUUCUCGAUAUCAAAGCAUGGUUUAUGGCGCAGCCAAGCUUAGUAGAUAUUUCUAUACCUGACAAGAGCAAGUUUACCAUUUGCGGCGAUAUACAUGGCCAGUAUUAUGAUCUACUCAACGUAUUCAAGCUGAAUGGUCUACCCUCGGAAACCAAUCCUUAUUUAUUUAACGGAGAUUUUGUGGACAGAGGAUCCUUUUCUGUAGAGUGUAUAUUCACGUUGUUCGGCUUCAAGCUUCUAUAUCCCAAUCACUUUUUCAUGUCAAGGGGAAACCAUGAAUCUGCAACUAUGAAUCAAAUGUAUGGGUUUGAUGGUGAGGUCAAGGCAAAAUACACAGCACAAAUGGCGGAACUUUUCACAGAGGUUUAUAAUUGGCUGCCUCUUGCGCACUGCCUCAAUAGUAAAGUGCUUGUGAUGCAUGGAGGACUAUUUUCAAGGGACGAUGUGACGUUGUCCGAAAUUCGAGAAAUAGAUAGAAACCGGCAGCCACCGGAAGAAGGAUUGAUGUGUGAAUUGUUAUGGUCAGAUCCACAGCCUCAGCCGGGCCGAGCCCCUAGUAAAAGAGGGGUUGGGGUUCAAUUUGGACCCGACGUUACACACAAUUUCCUCAGUCUGAACGGACUUGAUUAUAUCGUUAGAAGCCAUGAAGUGAAAAAUGAGGGUUAUGAAGUUGCACAUGAUGGCAAAUGUAUCACGGUUUUCUCAGCUCCCAAUUACUGUGAUACCAUGGGUAACCGAGGUGCCUUUAUCACGCUCAACGGUAAAGAUAUGGAACCCAAUUUCACAUCAUACGAAGCAGUGCCCCAUCCGAACGUGAGGCCAAUGGCGUAUGCUAAUUCUUUACUAAAAUUCAUGUGCUAGUGGGGUGGACUUAGGAAUAAUAAUGAGAAUUAAAUAAUUGAUAAUUGAAUACAACUAGCCAAACAAAGUGUGUAUUAUAUUUGAUACCAAUUCGGGAGUGAUAUAACGUAAUCACUGUCCAACACCUAUAAUUACUAGAUUUUAGUCAAAGAAGACAAGACAAUUUAUUGUAUCAUCCUUGCGGAUGUCAUCGCAUGAUUGAGGUAUAUAGAAUCAUGUUUGAAAUAAUUAUUGCAUAUUUUCUUACCCAUUCAAUGCAUAUACGAUAAUUUGAACUCUCUUUUAUGGUAACAAUAUGAGUUUUCUUACAUCUUAUUCAAGCAUCAUUUUGAUCUAAUAGACGUGUACGUAAAAGAUGUUGGUUCCGCAAUUAAAGAAACGAACACAAUUCAGACAUUUCAUUUUUGCUUGAAUUUGAAGUACUUAUAACUUAGUUGUUCUUCGGAGUAAAAAGAUCCUAACUUCCUUUGAUUAUUUUUAUGUAACAUGUCUACAUAUAAGUCUCUAAUCAGAAAUACGAAUCAAAAGAGAAAGUAAAUAAUGGUUACUUUAAAUUAUGUACGUCUUUGAUGUGUUCUGAUAUUUUGCCUAUUAAAAGAUCGUUAUUUUAUUAUUUGCAUCUUGCUACACGUAUUUCGUAUUUCGCGAACUAUUUUUGAGGUGUAAGUAUACUUGCCAUUGAACUCUUAUAGAAAUAAUUCACAUUCAGUCGACAGACAGAUUGGAGUAUUAAAACGUAACAUAGGAACGAUCUUACAGUAUAAGUCUUACUGUGAAACGAACAUAAGUUGCCACUAGUUGACAGCAAGAUGAUCAUAAUUUUUUGUCUUAUCAAGUAAUUUUCAUUUUCAAAUACACAAUGAAAUGUUUGUUUAUGAGAAGUUUAAUUGCAAUUGAUUAAACACGUAUUUUACGUGUGAUUUUCGAAAAGUGUAUAUAGCCAUUGUAGGAGCUUGAAUAACUUGAUUAAAAUAUUAUAUACUUGUUGUAGAUAUUAUAAUGAGCUUGGAGUAUAAAAGUAAGCCUUUUUUCACUACAUACAACACUAUACAUAUAACUGUAAAAUAUUAGUAUUAAAAUUCUAUUAUACUAUAUUCUAAGAUUAAUUCUGAAUCAAUGUCUCUUGGUUUAACAUAAUUUAUGAUACGAACGAUGCAAUCGACAGAUUCAACAUCUUAGAUAUCACGUCUCAGUGUUCUUGGAAUGCAGAAUAGACACGCGAAGACAGUACAGCAAAGUGUAAAACGACGUAUGACAAUUAGGCACAUGGUCGCACCAGAAUGAGGAAAACUUUUUAUGGAUUCAUGUGUGUCACGAAGGUCAAUCCAUAGUUCAGUCCAAUUCUAAAAAUGUACCACUGUUUAAGAGUAAUCCUCUGAUAUAGUCGAAGAUCAUGAAAGUUUUUGUUUGACAUAUCAAGUCAUGCACGAACAAAUUAAAUUGUUCAAUAUUAGAUGUAUUGUUUUACCUUGAAUAUCACCGAUGAAAAAGAACAUGAUCCACUGUUACUACUUUCUUCGAGAGAGUAAGAAGUUAGAAAAAAAACAUGCGAAUCUGUUCAGAUUACUUACUAAUCCCGAUAUUAACCAAACCCAUCCAGCCAUGGUUAGCCGGAUGAAAAUAUUUUUGUUUCUUCCUGAAAAUCAGAUGAAUAUAUUUAUUUUCAGUUAUGGAUGAUGUGUUCACUACAGGUUUGCUCAGAGACUGUAAUUAGCUAAUUUAAAUAAACAUAUACGUAGAUAACUACGAAAGAAAAAGAUACGUCUUUCUAAGUAUGAGCCAAAGCUUUUUUCGUCAUCAAUUGACAGUUUUAGUAUCAACUAGAGAAAAUAGUGUUUAUAUUAGCAAUUGUAACUUUAAUACAUAAUGUAGUCAAUUUAUGGAAUAAUCAUCAUUCAAGGAGGGUCCCGAAAAGUGUGGUUGUGGCAUAAUCCUGCUUCAGUCGUCGUAGUUUUUUAUAUCUUAGCAUCAGACCAUAUCGAGUUUCAAAUUGUGUAAAUAAAAAUAAUUGUCUUUUGUAACAGUGACAACCUGUCCGAAUGAAUGGUCCGUUGAAUGGGUAUCGUUGAAAGUGAACUGUCUAUUGAUGCGCAGUUCUCAAAGAGCUUUUUACACGACCACCCUUCAAAUACCAGUCACGUUUUGUGUUAUUUAUAUUUAUCUACAUUUCUUGAUAGGCAACAAGUAUUUAUAUCCAACAUUGGGAAAGGAAGGGAUUGUAUAAUUCUAUAAUUAUUUCAUUUAUUGCAUGCCAUGUAGUCUCUAUUUUACAUACAAGCUUCAUCAUCUUUGUGAAAUAAUGUUGUAUACUACGCACUAUAGAGUUACAGUUAGCGAGUUUGGUUGCCACUGUUGCAAAGCACCAAUUGAAUCAAUAAGCAAAUACAUAAAGAAUCAGGCUGUCAGUGACAGAACUAACUUUGCUGAGCGUAAAAUACGGAGUAUUAACUUAUGAUAAUAACAUACAGGGUGUCUACUGCUCCUUAAAUACCUUAAAUCCUGAAAUUA